AUGGCCGACAUUACGGAAGAUUUCCCCACCAUUGUGCCUCGCGACGAGGCCAAGAUUUCUGGCAUGAAACCGGGCGAAAUAGCAAGAGAUGGCACGGACCUUGCACUCAUUCUUACAGUCUCCUUGAUUCUCUAUUCUCUCUUUGCUGGUCUGUUACAACGCGGCCUACUCCGGAGGCUAUACGGCGAGGUCUACCAAGCGUUGGAGGAGACUGUUCCCAAAGGCAACGAACGACAGCGCGUCUCCUUCAUCUACCAUCAUAUUGCAUCGAUAUGCUUUGCAAUUAUCAUAUGCAUCGGAGCAUACCCGGUUAUCUCCUUCACGUGUGGCUCCGGGACUUUGUCGACGCCAAUGGGCAAUCCAAAUGGAGCCACGAUUGGCGACGUGCUGUCAAUCCUGCUCCAAGUAUAUUGCGGCUACUAUCUAUUCGAGGUCACCUUUCGGUCGAAAUACAUCAGUCUCAUUGCAUUGGCGCACCAUAUCGGGCUCCUGAUCAUUGCUCAGACUGCCGCGCUCCUGGGAUCCCGUGCAUCCAAGAGCGCAGAAGCAACAAAAGAGUUUUACCUCUGCAUGGUCUGGGGCGCAUUCGAUCUGGUGACGGAACUUCCGCUGCACAUAAUAUUAAUCUUUUGGCGCAUCAGACGGGAUGAGAGCCGGCUCUGCUACAGGAUAGCCUGUGCAUGUGCCGUUUGGGUAACGGUCAUGGCGUUGAGUGAAACAAUCGUGACGGCCUGGCUCUUGAGUCAGUCGUGGGCGGGAUGGCAACUGCAUUGGCGGAUUAUCACGCCCACUCUGUUUACUCUCUGGGUUUGUACGCAGCUUUAUGGUGCUAUAAUUUUUUUGAGAAUGGCACGACAGCAGCGUAAGAUUUGUCGCAGCGGAUUAUAA